AUGGAUCAGAAGAAGAAGUGUAUUACAGGAUUAUGGGAACUAAAUAUUCCAUCAAAUCUCUUGCAAGCGAUACUGUCCCGCCUCGGAUUAAAAGCUAACAUACAAGCCUCUGUUGUCUGCAAGACGUGGUGUGAAGCAGCUGUUUCUGUCAGGAAGAGAAAGUUACAGCCUCCUCUUCCUUGGCUUUUUUAUCUAAAAAGAGGAAAGUACAUUCUUUUCGAUCCAUCACGGUCUCAAACAUACUACCAAACUUCUCCGGAGUUAAAGGGGGUAAAGGGCAGUGAAAUAUCUUGUUCUAAGGAUAAGGAUGGUUGGUUGCUUGUGUCUUCAGCUAAUUACUCGAAACCGGUUUUUUUCUUUAACCCGUUUACCCGGGAGCGUAUCAACUUACCCAAAAGGUCGUCUGGCAAUUUCUCAUGUAAUCAGUUAUCUUUUUCAGCCGCUCCUACAUCAAGUAGUUGUUUGGUGAUCUCGUUAACCAGCUAUAGUCACGAAAACUCUGUGAUUACUUCUUGGCGACCUGGUGAAACCGUAUGGAAAGUCCAUCGAUUUAGAUACCGGCCACCCAGAGGCAUGUGGACCAAAUGUGUCUUCUCGAAUGGUGUGCUCUAUUGUCUCAGUACCUCCGGCUACCUCAGCGUUUUCGACCCGUCUAAAGAAACUUGGAAUAUUCUUCGAGUGAGACCCUGGUCAUAUCCCACCGUUGGUCCUAAAGAAUUCGGUAGGCGAGUGUUGAUGAUGGAGAAUGAAGGAGACAUCUUUGUUAUGGUUUUGCACCACCCCGACAACAACCCAUCAGUGUUUAAACUAAACUUGAAAUACAUGAAAUGGGAAGAGAAGAGAGAUGUUGGUGGCUUGACAAUAUUUGCAAGUUACCCUGGCUCUUUUAUAAGAGCUAGUCUCUCGGCCAAUGAGAGGAACAAAGUGUAUCUAUCGGCUAAGGAGCCACACAGCGUAUACUACUCCCUCGGUGAUGAGGAAAGCUCUGGUCUUCCUACAAAUAUAUAUUUGUCUAAACGCAUCGCUUGGGUCGAUCCACCUCACAACAACGUUAUUUUGUGA